AUGAGCAAAGCAUCGCCUUACAGAGGCAUCAACUCGACGUCGUCGACGUCUCCAAAGUUCAAAAAGCUGUCCAUUUUCGUGGGGUUGCUGCUGGGUCUGAUUCUGUUCAAGUUCUCCACCAGUUGGUCUAUCAACACGGAAGACAAGAUCGUGUCGGAGUACCUCAACAACUUCUACAAACUGAAUCCGAAAUUCCGCGGUGCCAACCCGUACGAUGCCGCGGUGACUGCCGAGAGGCUGGCCAAGUUCUUCCCAUAUGACAACAGUGCCAGAAGAAUCGAAAAGAGCAUCUGGCAGAUGUGGAAGGUGCCAUCCACCGACCCAGACUUCCCGCACAAGGAGCUCGUUAACAAGUGGAAAAACGAGAACCCCACCUACAAGUACAACCUGCUGACCGACGACGAGAUCUUGGAGAUCUUGAGAAUCCGGUUCAAAGACACCGUUCCUGAGGUGCUCGAGGCGUUCGAGAUGUUGCCAAACAAAAUCAUCCGGUCCGACUUCGCUAGAUACCUGCUGAUUUUCCUGAACGGCGGUGUCUACGCAGACAUCGACACAGACCUGCAAAAGCCAGUCGAUACGUGGUUCGACUCCGAUAGAAACGUGGGAUUUGUGGUUGCUGUCGAGGAAGACAUCAACGUGGAGAACUGGGAGCACUACAUGACCAGAAGAAUCCAGUUUGAGCAAUGGACAUUCAAGGCCAAGGCAAAACAUCCUAUUCUGAGAAAGCUGAUUGCAAAGAUCGUCGAAACCACCUUCCAGGCCAAAAAGAACGACAAACUGCAGGCUUACUACAAAGAUUUCAAAGGCGUCGACAGAUGUGCUUCCGUGGAUAUCAUGGUGUGGACCGGUCCUGUUGUGUGGACAGACACCAUCUACGCGCACCUCAACUCGAUCCCAAGCCCUACGAUCGUCGACAUCGACCACCAAAGAGACAUUGCGGGAGAGCUGUAUGGUCCUGAGAACGGUGAAGGAGACGUUAUUUCGUGGAGAUUCUUUGCUGGUCUAAGAGCUCCUGUGAUGAUCGACGACGUGGUGAUCUAUCCGAGGGCCUCCUUCAGAGAGGACAAGGAGAACAAUUGCGGAAAAUACUGCUAUGUCCACCACCACUUUGGAGGAUCGUGGAAAAACAACGGAAAGGGUGAGAUCAAGCCUGGCAUGGAGGGAUACGAAGGAGAGGACCCGAAUGAGGUGGAAGAGCUCAGAAAGAACGAUGUCAGCAAGAGGGACGUUAUUCCUGGCGAGUCUAAGGAUGCUGCUCCGGUGAAGAAGCUUGCCAAGAGAUGUGCGUACCCAUACACUCCUUACUAG